AUGAAGUAUUCACGGCGGACAGAAAAAGCAAGAACUGCUGACCCAGAUUCGAGGGUAGAAGACGGUGGUGAAAAAAAGGAGGCGAAAGAGAAUCCACUGAAGAGGAUAAAAAGCCGUGAGCUGCGUGGUGGCAUCAUGUAUUACAGUUGUCAUUGUAUAAAGCGGAAUGGUCUGCAGCAUGAUUGCCGGCGCACCGGUUGUGGCGGAGAACCAGCGUGUCUAGUUCUGCCGGACCCUUUGUGUGCACCGAGCCAGUUGGCCCGAGCUCGCGGGCUUGCAGAUCCGGCACCUUUAGCAGCACAUAUUCAAUCACAAGGAGGCGGUCCAGGUUUAACGGAUCCCGGCAAUGGAUCUGGCACUAACAAGAGAUUCAUAGUGUGUGAACUAAAAGGCAUUGCUCUGGACACGUCCACCAACAACAAAAACGGCCAAUGCUGUUGUUCAUCAAAUGCUGAGUCAAGCAAUAAAUAUGGAGCGGCCGCGGGAGGAUUACCAGUUCUAGUGAUGAAACUUUGUUAGUAACUUACUUGCCUGACUGCUGAGUUAAGAAAAGGUGC